AUGAGUAGUAAAAUUUAGACAGCCAUAAUAUCCACAGAAAAGGAUGCCAUCAAUGCUCACAAAUCUUAGCAUAGUUAUCUCAAUUCUCACAAUAACCCCUAUCUCAAAAACAUUAAGAUAAAGGAUUUGCUCCGUAAAUCUACCAGAGAACUACGCUCCUAUAACAAUUCACCUCCGAAAUGCGGAGGCUAUGAAAAUGAUCAAUUCAAUUUUAGCAAUGGAUCUCCAAGAGGCACGCAGGAUUAGUUCGAAAAAGAUGAGAAAGAUAAAAACAUCGAAGAUUCUAAGUAACUCUAGAAUCUGCAACUUAUCUAUGGGUAUGAUGUGAGAGCAGAUAAAAUUAUCCAAAAAAUAUAGGACAAGAAAAAAUCUUUGAAUAAUGUUGCUCUCUAUACCUCAGCUCCAGUUGAACCUUAAUACUCAGAUGCUAGCACUAAAGAUGCAAGUUCUAGAAAUGGAAUCAAAAAUAGCACCGUCGACCACCUUAAUCAAGAGGCUUUCGAAAAUUUGAAUAAGAGUAAGGAAAAUGACCCCAAGAUAGCCUACAGUGUAUUUAUUCCUCCUUAAUCAGAUAAUGAUAUAAGAGAUGGGUCAAUGUAGAGUAAUAUAAUAUCUAACUUUAGCCCUAAGAAAAAGAAUAGUCUAUCAGUAUAGAGAAGAUCUAUAAAAUUCAUAUAAAAUUAGAUUGAUACAACUUCUAAUAGAUCUCAAAAUUACAAUACUAAUAACUUUAAUAAUAUGAAUGAUAAAUCCAGAGAAAAGGUAAGGAGCAUUUUAAAAGAAUAGUUUAAGCCAAACAAUGGCAUUAAUAAGGUCUCCCCAAUACCUAAUUCAGCAAUCACAAUACCAUUGAUAUAGAAAGAUGAAAACUACGACAAUCUUAACCAGAUUGGGGCUGAGAUUCAGAUAUUUACCUAGUAUAAUGGUAUAAAUAACUUCGGCAAUAUUAGCAAUAACUUGUAAUAGUAAAGAUAGACUCCUUAUCAGAAUAUUAAUAACUCAAAAGAAACAGAUAGUGCCUAUACAACAGGAAUCAACCAUAAACAGUCAUCGCAUGAAGACCUUAGAGCAUCUAAUUAUCUGAGUGGAAGCAUUGUGGUUUCUCAUAAUCAGAAAAGAGCUGUGAUUAACCCAUAAAUAAAACGACGAUAAACUUUAUAAGGAUAAGUCGCUGACAUACAGGUAAAGAGUUAAUACUAAAUGCAGAGUCAAAGCAAAAGUCAGGUUACAACAGGGAGGAAUCUGAAUAAUCAUCAAACAAUAGAUAUUUAGAAAGAUGACGUCAAACCAACAGCUUAUCCUUAGUAUAACUACAGGGAAAGAAGUGAAAAACCAUUGAAAAGUAAAAUUAUGUCUAUCCUAUCCUAAGCAGAUAGAGAUAUAAGUAAAAGCUAAAUCAAUCUACCAAAAUUAACUACCAAUAGUAAUAAUGCCAAGCUAUCAAUGAAUCACUAUAUUCAGGAUGAUUCGUCAGAUAAAUGCAUAGGAUUCAAGGAUAUACACAUUGAUCGAGGACUAAAUAAAAGACAUAGGAAAUUGACCGAAAUAUCAUAAGAUUCAAAUGAUGACUGUAGAAUAGAUAGAGAUCUCUUAAAUUAGAGCAGGCUAGAAAAAAAUAUUGAAUAAAAGGAGUUGAAAGAAGAAGAUUAGAGUUAAGAGGAUGACGAAGAAGAUGAAAUUCCAAUAAUAAAAGGGUCCAAGUUUUAAAGUGUUAUCAUCGAUAAGCCGAUUAAAAGAGGAAUUUAGCAGCAUUUGGAUCCUAAAGAUAUUACUAUAGCAUCAGAUAGGAAUGUGAUUAAACUUAAAUCGAAUUAAAUAAGAAAAACAUCAGACCUCUCUACGUAGAAUACUGGCACUCUUACAUCGUCUAAUAUUUCAAGAAGGAAUCAUCAUUUCGUCUAAGAAAAUCCUACAAUAGCUAACCCUAACGUGUCCUAGUCAAUCCUUAAGGAUUCUUCAGCUAGCAUGUGCCGACUUCAAGACAGGGAAAUAUAUCCGAAGUAUAAGUUUAAAAGUAACGAUGAGAGAUUUAACUAGUUAAUGAAAAUUGAUUGGCAGCGAUAGUUCGAUGAACUCACUGACAAUCUCAAGCAUGUAAAGAGAAAGCAGAGAUAUGUCAAGGAGCUCAUUGAGAAACCUAAUGAAGCCAAUUAAAAACAUGUAAAGUUCUAACUACCAGGUAUAAAUAAAUAUCAAAAGUGA